UUUGUUUUUAUAGGAGGCUUUGCUAAAGUUAAAUUAGCAAUACAUGUGUUAACGGGAGAGAAAGUUGCUAUUAAAAUUAUGAACAAAAAGUCUCUUGGGGAGGAUCUGCCUCGUGUGAAAUUAGAAAUCAAAGCACUGAAAGAUCUCAGUCAUCAACAUAUUUGCAGAUUGUAUGAAGUAAUAGAAACACAAAAUGAAAUAUUUCUUAUUCUAGAGUAUUGUCCAGGUGGAGAGUUGUUUGAUUAUAUAGUAGUAAAAGAUAAGUUAGGAGAAAAAGAAGCAAGGCAUUUCUUUCGCCAAAUUGUUUCUGCCAUUGCUUAUAUUCAUAAUGAAGGUUAUGCUCAUAGGGACCUCAAACCUAUAAGUAAAUAUGAUCUGAAUAGUUUAAGGCCACAUACAUGUAGAGAUGAUAAUGGUGGAACGAGUACAAAAACAAAGAUUAGAGUUAAGUCAAUUGCUCCUAUCUCUCUAAAUUACAGCUUAGUAUAA